AUGAGUAAUUCUAUUCAAGAAACGGCUUUUGAUGAGAUGAUAAAAGCUGGUAAUGAAGAAAGGCAAAUUGUCAUCAACAGUGGUAAUGUUGAUGAAAAUGGUUCACCGCUAUGUACUGUAAUAACAGAUGGCCAAUGGUCAAAAAGAUCGUAUAAGACUAAGUAUAACUCAUUUUCUGGAGCGGCUACUAUUAGAGGUUAUGACACCAAAAAGGUGUUAUUAGUUGGAAUUCGCAAUCGGUACUGUUCCGUUUGUGAACGGGCGAAUAAUUUAAAUAUAGACGUACUAACUCACAAAUGUUUUUUGAAUUGGAAUAAAGCAUCAACAGCAAUGGAAGCGGACGGAAUAAUGGAAGGAUUUCUUAACAGCAUGAGUAUGCAGGGUUUAACCUUUUUAUUGCUAAGCGACGGUGACAGUAGCGUCACCAAACGAAUAAACGAAGUUAUGCCGUAUGGACCAGAUUUCAAAAUUAAAAAAAUUGAAUCCAGAAAUCAUCUACUGCGAAAUUAUAUGACGAAAUUGAGUGCCCUUUCAAAAAGAACAGAAUAUCCCAUUAUCAUACGUAAUUUUAUAAUAAACAACACUCUGAGAUUUCGGUCUGAUAUUAGGAAAGCAGUUAGAUAUCAUUUGAGCACAGAUUUGACACUUCAGCAAAAAACAACAGGGUUUAGAAAAGACAUAUCAAACGCUCCAUACCACCGUUUGGGUCAACAAGACAGUUGUGCUUCAUACUUUUGUACGGGGCCAAAAGUUUGUAAAAUAAAUUUUGUUCCUGAGGCAGAAAUAUCGGGUUUUAUUGCUGAAUUCCGAAACAUAGUGUAUAUACUGCAAAUAAACACUGAUAGCUUGUUAGAGGAUGUCGAUAACAACCCAUGUGAGCAGUUUAAUUCCCUUAUUAAUAAGCAUAUCGAAGGCAAGCGAAUUAAUUUUACACAAUCUAAUAAUUAUCAAACACGGGUCCAUGCUGCUAUUAUUGCACCUAAUUCAGGAAACUACAUACGAACUAUAAACAAGAAAAUUAUGCUAAAAAGCCCCAGAAAAUUUGCUAAAAAAUAUUCAAAUAAUAUAGACCGGAUACGAAGUAACACAACAAUGAGACGACGAAAACUUUUCGCUGCGGGAAUGGUACGAUCCAAACCGAAAACAAAAUCUAGUGCGCCGGACAAAGACUAUGGCUUAGCAGAGCCUUUGGAUGACCUCUUUAGUCUCAGCCCAGAAGCUUUUGCUGAAAAAAAACGCAUUUUUAAAACAAACUGA